GAUUUGCUCAGUAAAAACUCAGAAGAAGUGAAGUGAACUGUUACUUGCACAGAGUUGUGUAACUGUGUUGUGAGUAAACAUGGGAAUGCAAACCCAGGCUCUAGUUUCUGCGAGAUGGCUCGCAAACAUGGUCAAAAGUAAUCUGGUAGGACCAAGUCUGCGCGUUUUGGACACGUCCUGGUACCUGCCCAUGAUGAACCGAGAUGGAAAGAAGGAGUUUGCUCAGACUCACAUCCCAGGAGCGUCUCAUUUUGACAUAGAUGACUGCUCAGACAGGACGUCCCAGUUUGACCACACUCUGCCCAGUGAGGAGCAUUUCUCUGACUAUGUGGGGAACCUCGGGGUCAGUAAUGACAGUCACGUGGUCGUGUACGACGCCAGUGACUUUGGUGCGUUCUCCUGCACCAGGGUCUGGUGGAUGUUCCGUCUGUUUGGACACUCCAAAGUGUCUGUGCUGAACGGAGGCUUCAGGAGGUGGGUGAAGGAGGGACAUCCCGUCACAGAGGACUACACCAAACCCCCAGCGGCCCACUUCAGCGCCACAAUGAACCGGGACUGGGUCAAGUCCUUUGAGGACGUGACAGAGAACAUCACAUCUCACAGAUACCAGGUGGUGGACGUGAGGCCUUACGCCAGGUUUCUGGGCAAAGAGGCGGAGCCACGAGAAGGUGUGGACCCAGGUCACAUCCCGGGGUCAAAGUGCAUGCCCUUCUAUGAUUUUCUGGAUGAAGAUGGCAUGAUGCUUUCUCCAGAGGAGCUAAAGAGGUUUUUCCAAAAGGCGCAGGUUGAUCUGAAGAAGCCCUUGUGUGGUACAUGUGGGUCUGGGGUGACGGCGUGUCACAUGGUGCUUGCGGCCCACAUCUGCGGCGCCCCGGAUGCGACUGUGUAUGACGGCUCCUGGUACGAGUGGUUCACUAAAGCUCCUAAAGAACACAUCGCCACAGGCAUUUCACACACGCUCGGAGGAUAGAGCACGUGUCAGUCAAAUCUAUUUCAUAUUUAAUCAGAGGCACUCGGCAGUUAAGGAUCUAACAAUAACUGACAUAUCGUGAUAUCAUAUCAUUAAAAGUCACACAAUAAUAUCGUGGCCGUCACAUUAUAUCGAUUUACAACUCACUUUGCUUAAAUUCAUUGUUAUGGUGCAGCAUGAGCUAAAAAACAGGGAACUACCUGUACAUUUAUCAUUUACUCUGUUUCAGUGCAGAAAGGAAAAAGUAGCAUAUUCACAGUUUGGUUAGCUUCAACAAAAUAUCACAAUAAACAUCAUACUGUGAGAUAUAUUAUAUAUAUUAUAUAUUGCAUAUUGUGAAAAUAUCGUAUCGAGAGAUUUGGAUGUCGUUACAUCCCUGUCAACAGGUGAGAGGAGCAUUUUGGCUGAAAAUCAGAUUGUUGUACAAAAUAAUUAUUGACCAGACACCAGUAUAACCUUUUACGUGAAAUGAAAGUUUGUCCAAAAAAAUCCCAUUGACUCACUGCCUAAUAUUGUCAAACUGUUAAGUCCUGAGAGCAGUUUGUCCCCUGCAGGACCAGGCUGUGUCCAGGAGGGGGGGCUGUUACAGGCUGUUGAUUGUUACAGUUUUGCUGUGGUGUCUGUGUAAUAAAACAUGCAUUUGAGCCAAAAAUCAUCACUAUCAUCAAAGUUUCUAGUAAUUGUCUCUUCUCAUUUCGGGAAGUAGCAGAAUGUCUGUUGUGCUCUUUGGAUUCUGAGCAUAAAUAUCUUAUACUUUAUCUGUCGCUGCACUGUUUUAUUUUGAAUACUGAGGCUGGUGCUAUAAACCCAACAGUGGCCUUUUUUAGAAACAUUAAACUGCACAAACUGAAUUCAUUCAUUUAUUAGACCCAAUAGUAUAUUUCAAACAGCCUACUGCAUCAGUGGAUGAAAAUAUUAAAUAAGCUAAUUAUUUUUACUGUAAGAGUUUAUAAUAAAUGUGAUUUAAAAGCA